ACAAUACUUUGUAAUCACUCCACAUUGUCCAUGCAACACUUUCACUUCGACGAGUGCAAUAAAACGUUAAUAUCUCAGCCUGUACUAUAAUGUUUAUUCAGACAUGAAGCUAUUCGUAUUAUUUCCGGAGAACUAUCGUCAAAUGCCGGCAAUCACAACGCGACGCCGCCGUCUCCGCGACCUAAAAUGUUUUCCAAAAAUAUAUCAGACGGUGUGGUGGCUCUCACUAUGCUUGCACGCCUAAACGUAUAAAAUGGACCGCUUUAAAUUAUUGGUUAUACUGGCACUUGUACUGCAAAUUUGCCAAAUAAAGGCAAUUACUUCGACAAGGAGUCAAUUCCCUAUCUGGGGAUUGUUCACCAGGUUGUCAGAUCAUAAAACAAUAGAAGUGUUCAGAAAAUUUGCAAAUGACUCGAGACGUUCGUACUUUGGCAAAGAGAAGAUUUCAAGAAGUCCUGACAGCUUUACAGUGUCGUUGGAAAUGUGCGAUGACGGCUUUCAAUCAUCAGCGAUAGUUGACGCCAGACCUACCAGAGGAAUUUGUGACAACGUGUGUUUACGUAGCAACAAAUUACAGAUUCCACAUCUAACCUUGGAUUGGGAGCCAGUGGUAUCAACGCCUAAAGAAGGUUUUACAAUUUCCUAUUAUCCACCCCCGGAGGUUAUCUCGAAAGUUUACGCUACUUAUAUCAAAAAGAAGGAUUGGGAUCGAUUCUCAUUUAUGUACGAAGACGAAGGAAGUUUUAUUCGUCUCCAAGAAGUCAUUAAUACUUGGGAAAAUGACAAAAAACCUAUUCUCUUCAAGAAAAUAUAUUCUGAGGGCGACAAUAGGGAAACAUUUAAGCAUGUUUUUAAAGUUGCUCGCCUCAGUUACCAUAUAAUAGACUGCAAAGCGGAUAAUAUUAAAAAGUAUUUACAGGAAAUCACAAGUGUAGUGAACUACACCGCAUACCAAAAUAUUCUAUUAACAUCCUUAGAUGCAUACACGGUUGACUUGACUUCAAUAAACAUCGAAGGUAACGUGACUACUUGGCAUUUAACAAUGGAACAAAAAGACAAAUGGACUGAUAAUCGUAUCGAUAAUCCUAAAAAGAUUGAAACUUAUUUGGCGGCUGAUGCACUCAGUCAUCUCGAGAAAUCUAUUAAAUACAUGUUAGGCAACAUUCCUCAUAGCUUAUACAAUAUACCACAACCUCCGCCUUUGUGCUACGAUGGACAGACUCGGCCAUGGGAAAUGGGACCGAAUCUACGGGAUGCUUUACUUUCGCCUAAUACUGCAAUAAGUCAGGGAUUCACCGGAAACGUAGAAUUUGACGAUAAAGGAAAACGUGUUAAUUUUAUAUUACACUAUUCCAAACUGAACAAUGAAAGCCAAUUUGUAUAUGUCGGCAACUGGAAUUCCACGACGGACAAAAUAGAGGAUAUAAACUUGAACUAUGUUCCUGAUGUUAAAUCAAAUGUUACUUUUAGGGUAGUAACUCGGAAAGAAGCCCCGUAUUAUAUGGUGCCAAAAAACGGUGAUAAACCUGAAGGUUACGUCAUCGAUCUAAUGGAGGAAAUUUUCAAACAUAUCAGAGAAAAGGAACAUCCCGGAUGGUUUCACGUAGUUGACGAUCCUGGCCUGAAAGUUGGUGGCCCAAUAGAGGGCAGCAGGAGAUGGUCCGGAUUAAUGGGUGAAAUAGUGGAACAUAAAGCACAUUUCGCAAUUUCCGACUUGACUAUAACAUCAGAACGGAAUGCUGUGGUAGAUUUCUCAAUUCCGUUCAUGAGCUUGGGCAUCAGCAUGCUGUUCAAGGUGGACCCUCCGCCGGACCCAGAUAUGUUCUCUUUCGUCAACCCGCUCUCCACUGACGUUUGGCUGUACCUCGCUGUGGUGUACAUUAUUACAUCACUUGUUUUACUAAUCUGUGCUAGAAUGAGCCAAGAAGACUGGGUAAACCCGCACCCCUGUGACCGCAACCCCAAGCAACUUCAAAACAUUUGGAGCCUUUACAAUUGUAUGUGGCUGACGAUGGGUUCAAUCAUGACUCAAGGGUGUGAUAUAUUACCUAGGGGUGCCGGAUCUCGGUGGAUAGCGGGCACGUGGUGGUUCUUCGCCAUGAUUGUGACGGCCUCGUAUACGGCCAACAUGUCGACUUUCAUGAGCAACAAUCGUCGUAGCAACAACAUCGAGAGUGCGAAGGAUCUCUCAGAGCAGACAGCUGUCAGCUAUGGUGCAAUGCUUAAUGGCUCCACGCAUAAGUUCUUCCAGAGCUCAAAUGAUCCAGUCUAUCAAAAGCUUUACCAAGGGAUGUCUACCGCCAAUCCUACAACACUCACAGCUAACAAUUAUGAAGGAAUGGAGCGCGUGUUACGGAGUAAAGGAAAAUUUGUAUUCUUUAUGGAAUCGACUACCAUUGAAUACUUUAUGAAGCAAGACUGUAGAUUGAAGAUGGUUGGAGGAAAACUAGACUCCAAGGAUUACGGAAUUGCAAUGCCUAAAAACUCACCGCAUAGAAUGGCUAUAAACAACGCAAUAUUGCACCUUCAGGAAAAAGGAAUACUUCAAGACCUAAAAAAUAAAUGGUGGGUUAAAGAUCCCGACCGCCCAGAUAUCGAGGAAUGCCAGAAUGAUGACUCAAGCGGAAAUAAGGAGAAAGAGGACAGCGGUUCCGUGCAGAUGAAAAAUACGAGUGGGAUAUUCUUGGUGCUCGGUGUUGGGGGAAUUUUAGGUUUCAUCGUUGCGAUUAUCGGGUUCUUCUUACAUUCCCAUGAGAUCGCCGUCAAGGAGGGUAUAUCCUACAAAGAAGCAUUAGCAAGUGAAUGGCGCGUGUCCCUCGACCCCCGCGUGCUGAGCAAGCCAGCAGCGCCGCCGCGCUCUGCCGCUCCUUCCAUCAAAUCCACAUCUCCGAGCCGAGAGCGCUCCCGUUCCAGAGCUGCGUCCGUGCUAGGCUUCGCGCAGUCGUUUAUCAACUUGAAUGAAGUAUACUAGUCCGCC